AUGAAUGCUCCAUUUUCUCAAACUGACCGUUGUAAAGAAGGAUGGAUGCACUGGAAGCGAAAGUUGACCAGCUGCUGGCGCUUCCGGGGAAUCGAGGUCUGGCGUCAGAAGAAAGAUGGUAGCACGGCCGAUGGAUCUCCAGUCAGCGUUGCUACGAUUGCUCCUGCCGCCUGCACAGAUGUAAUCGAUCAAGGGCUCCUGACGAUUGAUGCAGCCAAUGUUCUCCUGAAAGUCUAUCAAACUACUCUUACCCACUACUGCCCGUUCGUCAUAAUUCCACCACAGGUGAAUGCGCAGCAGCUGCGCCGAGAAAAGCCAUUACUGUUCCUUGCGAUCAUCAAUGCCGCCUUAUACGAAAAUUUGUUCCUGCAGCGCAAGCUAGAGAUGGAAUCUAAAAAGGCGAUCUCCGAAUGCAUUAUUGGUAGCGGGAAAAUUUCAUUUGAAGUUUUACAGGGUCUUUUGGUCCAUAUUGCAUGGUGCCAGUAUCACUCUAGGCCACGGCGGUAUUAUCAGUAUCUAAGUCUUGCCAUCAGUGUCAUCACUGAUCUACAACUGGAUCGUCCCCCAGAGCAGCGAUAUUGGACGACACGGGUCAGCUUCGAUGGUGAUGACGAUAAAGAUUUAAAUCCGAGGUUCUUAUGGCGACUAAUAUGUCUAAGAAUUUCUCAAAUUCUACAAAAGCGGUUUUACUUCCUAUAUCUACUAUGUCUCGAAAGCCUGGGCAUGUAUUUGGCAGCGGAUACGGGGUAUGCGUCUGACAGAUACCUCAUGCACAUUGUGGAACUUCAAGGCAUUUCAGAAAAGAUCGCUUUUUAUUCGGCGCCGCAUUUUCCUGGGCCUCAUGGGGGUAAUCCAGGCAUCGAGCUUUCUUAUGUUGAGCCAACCUACCCUUUCCCUCAAUUGAAAGCCGAGACAAACUCUGAUUCUUGCAUAUUGGCGACUUGUCCCAUUACCGAAGCCUAUGUCUACUAUUUUCCUUCGCUGGCUGACAAUGCCUUCUACUUGGCCCUUUUUGCGGUCUUCUUGAUAUUUCAAUUGGGUUUAGGUAUUAGAUACAAGACCUGGGGCUUUUCAGCAGGCCUUUUCGGCGGCCUGGUGCUCGAAAUCAUUGGAUAUGCGGGAAGGUUACAGAUGCACGACAAUCCAUUUCUCUUCAACCCAUACCUAGAAUAUCUGGUUUGCCUCACCAUUGGACCGGCAUUCUUCAGCGCGUCAAUUUACAUUUGCCUCGGACGAAUUGUGAAAAUCUAUCGUGAGAGAAUAUCGCUCCUCCAGCCUCGCACCUACACAAUAUUUUUUGUUCUUUGUGACUUGAUUUCACUGAUCCUCCAAGCCGCGGGUGGUGCCAUUACCUCGAUUGCCGACUCUAAUCAGCACAUUGUCGCGCAAACCGGUGUCAAAAUUUUGAUUGCUGGUUUGGCAACCCAGGUCGCCUCCCUCGUGCUUUUCAUAGCCAUUUGUCUCCAAUAUGCAUGGAGUGUGCAUAAAAACCCGGACGCUCUCAAUGAGAAGCCGGAAAUUCUAGGUCUGGCCUUGGCAACUGUUGCCAUUUUUACAAGAUCCGUAUUUCGAGUUGCAGAAUUGAAGGGUGGAUUCCACAGCUCGUUGGCAAACAACCAAGUUCUCUUUAUGGUGUUUGAGGGAGCCAUGAUCGUGAUUGCGAUUCUAUGUUUGACAAUACUACAUCCGGGCGUUUGCUUCGAGGGCCAAUGA